AUGCACUUCUCCACUAUCCUCGCCGCCGCCUCCAGCCUCCUCGUAUCAGUUUCCGCCGUAGGCGUCCGAAUCUGCUACAACUCUCCCUUCCAGGAGUGCACAACCGUCACAGGCGGCUCAGGCCAAUGCAUAUAUGUCGGCGCUCCGUACAAUGACCACGUCUUUUCAGCAAAUGCAUUGUCUGAUACCAGCUACUGCGACUCCUACAGAGAUAUCAACAAUGGUGCUUGCAGUGGACCAUUAGUGGGGGGCAUUGAUCAAUCCGGAUACUCGGGGCUGCCAUACGGGUCGGACACGAGCGGGUUUGUUUGCUACGCUUAA